AUGUCUGAAAUCGGAUUCAGCAAUCUCACUUGGGAUCAAGUUGUAAUACUGGAUCGAGUGUUAGAUGAAGUAAUUCCAAUUCACGGAAAGGGGAAUUUCCCCACAUUAGAGGUAAAACCAAAACAUAUCAUUCAUGUUGUAAAAGAUCAACUGAUAGAGCAAGGAAUCAUUGUUAAAGAUACCCGACUGAAUGGUUCCAUUGCAAGUUACAUACUUGCAAGCCACAAUGGAAUCACCUAUAAGGAUCUGGAUGUUAUUUUUGGUGUUGAACUACCAAAUGAUCAAGAAUUUCAGGUUGUUAAGGACAUAGUUCUAGGUUGUCUACUUGACUUUUUACCAAAAGGUGUAAAAAAGGAAAAGAUCACCCUAAGGAUCAUGAAAGAGGCUUACGUGCAAAAGAUGGUCAAAGUUUGCAAUAAGCAUGACCGUUGGAGUCUCAUCUCUCUUUCAAAUAAUACUGGGAAGAACGUAGAGCUAAAAUUUGUGAAUUCACUCAGACGACAGUUUGAGUUCAGUGUAGAUUCCUUUCAGAUUCUUUUGGAUCCCAUGUUAGACUUCUACUGUGACAAAAAUGCUAAGCUAGCCCAAGAAUCCUAUCCUGUUGUGGUAGCAGAAAGCAUGUACGGAGAUUUUCAGGAAGCAAUGAUGCAUUUGCGAUACAAACUUAUAUCUACCAGAAAACCCGAAGAGAUUAGAGGUGGUGGCCUUCUGAAGUACAGCCACUUGCUGGUUCAUGACUUUAAGCCAGCUUGUGAAGCACAAAUCAAGACCCUGGAACGUUACAUGUGUUCUAGAUUUUUCAUUGAUUUUCCUGAUGUAGGAGAACAGCAAAAGAAGAUUGAAUCAUACCUCCACAACCAUUUCAGAGGUGAAGAAAAGAGCAAGUAUGACUACCUUAUGACCUUGCGUAGAGUUGUGAAUGAAAGCACCGUUUGCCUCAUGGGUCAUGAAAGAAGGCAGACAAUCGAUAUGAUUACCUACAUGGCUCUGAAAGUACUAGGAGAACAGAAUAUUCUACCCAAUACAGACAAUGUAACUUGCUUUUAUCAGCCUGCUCCAUACUUUGCCUCUGAGAGACAGUAUUCUCCUUAUUAUGCAUUACCUGGAUUGCCACCACCUAUUUUCUUUCGGCCAUACUACCCAAUGAACUUUUUUAUGCCAAAUGGUAUGAAUUAA